AAACUUGUCACACCUUGUCCUGAUGUCACAAGCUAUGUUCCAACCAAAUGUCAAAACCACAUCAUGCCCAGGACAGAAAUUCCAUUAAAACAACUACUAUGAUAAUAUAUUGUCAUUGAUUAAUCAAAUUUCCUCCUACUUUGCAUAAUUUAUAUUUCACUUAGUACAUUUUACUGUCAAAGACGAAAGGACGAGGGAGCAACUAUGCAAUACUACUCAACGUUAGUAGGGUUUCUAUGAAUACAAGCACAAUUAAUGUCAGUAUAUCUUUGUCUUCGGAGAAAACUCCGUAUCUGUGCAAGUAUUUCCUAAUAGUUCGAGAAAUACUACUGCAGAAGAUGGCUUCAACAGCCGAGAUCGCCAUUCCGCAGUCUACCGAAGACAUCGCCCCCUCCUGGGUGCAGCAGGUACUGCAGAAGGACCUACCGGGCGUCACCAUCACGGACGUCAGUGUCAAAGGAAACAUCAGCGAAGGAGAGGGGUUCAUUAGCGACAUCAUCGCUUUUGAUGCCGUGGGGACCAGGAACGGCACCAGUCAGCGAUACAGCCUCGUCGCCAAACUGACGAACUUCGCGCGGCCGUGGUCGGUGAUGAAACAGUGGUCAAAGGACUUUCAGAUCAGAGCUGAGACGACCGAAGUCAAGUUCUACUCAAAGGCGGUCCCCGAGCUUCUAUCUGUUGCAGUCCAAAGCGCAGAGCAAAAAUCUGGGGAUGAAGAUGACGAAAAUCGCCCUCAUGCUGAGUCCUUGUUCCUCCCAAAAUGCUACUUCGCGGCCACCGACCCGAGCUCCAUGCUGUCCGUCAGGGUUAUGGAGAACCUGAAAGCUCAGGGGUUCUCCAUAAAACCCAAAGGGCAACCACUGAGCCGUGAGGAGACGAUGUUGACAGCCGGGGCCCUGGCGCAGCUGCACGGCCUGUCACAUCGUCUGGAGCUCCGUUCAGGCGUCCCCCUUCCCGAGAAGUACGACUGGAUCAUGACUCACUCAGAUGUUAGUGACGUGGUGGAUGCAGUAACCUACCAAUAUCAGACCAACCUGAAAGUCUUUGCCGCAGCUUUUCCUGACCAGGCAGACCUUGUAGCUCGGUUGGAAAAGUUACGCCCCCCUCUCAUCGGCCCGGAGGACCCGAGGGUCAGAGUGCUUUGCCAUUCUGAUUGUUGGAUCAAUAACAUUAUGUUAAAGCAUGCAGGAGACGUACCCAUUGACGCAAGGCUGGUGGACUGGCAGAUGCCUCGGUACCUGCCACCAAGCUCAGACCUGGCUUUCCUGUUGGUGUGUAACACCGGUUGGGACGUCUUCCACAACCACAGGGACGACAUAUUGGCUCACUAUCACCACAAACUGCAGGAGACACUUGGCCCAAACGAAUCCAUGGGCCUACAGAGCUACACGCUGGACCAGUUGAAGGCAGACUUCAAGGCCGAUUGUCCGUUCGGGGGUUCCAGCGUAUCUUACGCCAGAUGAUUCAACCUCCAGACACAGAUCUGGUGAGGAUCGUGAAGGAAAUCCAGGGAUGGGGAGUUAUCUAAGACUACGGCCCCAACCGGAAAAAGGGGGCCCUGCCGGACAGCUAACGUUCACAGGCUAUUUUGGGGCACUUACGGACAUAACCCAUACGUGGCUCCACGGGACACCUUGUGGCUCCUAGCGUAUUUUUAGUCCCGGCCGACCACAGGUCGUAGUUAAGUUGGACUUAAAAUUAACCCGGGGCCCGGUAACACAUAGAUGCCGUAUGCUAAUCGCGAGCACCGGGAUAAAUUUUGUGGUGUUGGGGCCCGCCCAGGGCUACAUCGCCGAUAUUCCAGAACAACAGGAAACACAAAAUUUGAUAAGACAAUAAUAUUAUUUGACAUCUGAUGUCACAUCAUGACAGAAUACCAAUAACUAAGGCCACAGCAAGUAAAUUUUUGGAUGACAUCAGACUUUUUUUCCUCUUCGGGGAUGGUCAAAUAGGCCAAAAUAGGCAAACAUGUUGUGUUGUAGCCUAAUAAUGAUACCUGUAGAAGUGACACUAGGGAGGUAGCCAUAAUGUAGUUGCAGAAGUGAAACUUGUUGGGUAAAAGUUGCACCAAUAUGAAAGCCAUGAAUGUAGUUGCCAGCUUAGCAAGUGAUACCAGUGCCCCACACUAGUA